UAGAGGAGAAGAUUUGGAAGGGGAUAUUUGUCAGAAGAGUUCAGGUCUCGCUCUGAGCUCUCUUUCUCUCACAAUCGGUUCUAAUUUGACCGGUUUUCUGAAAGCCACAGUUGAAAAGUCGAUGCCAUGCGGCAGAACACUCCAUUUUUUUCAACCUUUCUUUGAAUUUCCAUAGAAAAAUCUUGACAAAACCCAAAAAGAAAAAAGUGAAAAUUCUAACGUUUGUUUGUCUACUGGAGCUAGCGGUGGCUAAGGAGCUUGAGAAAUGCAAGAAAUCCACUCAAUUGGUGGCGGAGGCAGGUUAUUUAGCGGUGGAGGUGGGGGUGACAGGCGACUACGGCCACACCACCACCAGAACCACCAAGCAUUAAAGUGCCCACGAUGUGACUCGCUGAACACGAAAUUCUGUUACUACAACAACUACAAUCUCUCUCAGCCUCGUCACUUCUGUAAGAGUUGCCGGCGUUACUGGACUAAAGGCGGUGUCCUCCGCAACGUUCCUGUUGGCGGUGGAUGCCGCAAGACCAAGCGGUCUAAGCUUAAACAAAACACACCAAGUACAACUUCUGAUACAAUUACAACCUCCAGUACUAGACCGCAGGAGCUACAGGAAAAACAUCAGCGACGAGAUCAUGUAUCCUCUAACUCUCAUUCUAGUAGUGAGAGUUCGAGUCUUACGGCUACAAAUAAUACGAAUGCAAAUACAGCAGUGGAAGCAGUGUCUGCGCUAUCUGUAAACUCUGUUUCCAAUAAUUUAUUAAAUGGUAUUGUUGAGUCAAAAAGCUUUCCACGUGGGGAUAUGAAUCCCAGUUUCGAACCUGCUUUGCUCGAGCAAGGAUCGGACUGUGGGAUUUUCUCGGAGAUUGGGAGUUUCACAAGCUUGAUCACAUCGACGAACGACUUGUCGUUUGGAUUUAGCAACACAACGAACCAACAGCAGCAACAAGGGCUUGAGCAUCAUGUGCAGAACAAUCAGAACCAGCAGCAGUGGCAAAAUCAGCAUCAGGAGAUGACAGGAGGGUUGAUUGAUCAGACGAUUCACGCUGAGUUAUCAGCUUUGCCGAGUAGUAGUAGAUCAACAGAGAAUACCGGUGGGGGAUUUGGAGCGUUGGAUUGGCAGUUAGGGAGUGGAGAUCAAGCUGGUGGGUUUUUUUAUCUUCCUAAUACCGUUGAUCAAGCUUACUGGAGUCAGAGCCAAUGGAAUGAUAUGACUGCUUACCUCCCGUAAAUCCUCUUACUUUGUUAACUUCAAAUUACAGAAGAUUAAUAAAAAUAAAUCUCAAAGAUUCAACAAAAUGGAAAAUAUGAUAUGACUGCUUUCCCUUAUGUAUUUUUUUUUUCUCAUAUGAAUCUUCUUCUUCUUCUUCUUCU